ACUCUCUCCGCGGGCUGGAGUCUCUCUCUGUGGGGAGUGCAGUGGAGGAGAGGCGAGGACACGCUCGUGCUCAUCAAAACACUUUUACCUGUUUUCCGCGGGAUUAAAGUAGCACCCGAAGCAGCGAGCUCCUCCACAGCAAUGCGCCGGAGCCCUCAGUGAAACCCAUCUCGGUGAAGAGGCUUUACGCUGGCCGGAGCGAAGGAUUCGGCAGAUCUGGAGAGACUGACGGUCUGCCGCUGGAGAACAUGACGAGCGAUGUGGUGAUCGUGAAGGAGGGAUGGCUCCACAAGCGAGGAGAGUACAUAAAGACCUGGAGGCCGCGCUAUUUCCUGCUGAAGAGUGACGGUACGUUUAUCGGAUAUAAGGAGCGACCGCAGGACGUGGAUCAGCUGGAGUCGCCGUUAAACAACUUCUCUGUGGCACAGUGUCAGCUGAUGAAGACGGAGCGACCCAAACCAAACACAUUCAUCAUACGCUGCCUGCAGUGGACCACUGUCAUAGAGCGCACCUUCCACGUGGAGAGCCCCGAGGAGCGAGAGGAAUGGACCAAAGCCAUCCAGACGGUGUCCGACAGUCUUCAGAAACAAGAGGAGGAGCUGAUGGACGCGUCUCCUGACCACAUGGACAUGGAGAUGUUCCUGACCAAACCUCGGCUCAAAGUGACCAUGCAUGACUUCGAAUACCUCAAACUGCUGGGAAAAGGCACUUUUGGGAAGGUGAUUCUGGUGAAGGAGAAGGCAACGGGAAAAUAUUACGCCAUGAAAAUCCUGAAGAAAGAAGUGAUUGUUGCCAAAGAUGAAGUGGCUCACACACUCACAGAGAACCGUGUGCUGCAGAACUCCAAACACCCCUUCCUCACGGCUCUGAAGUACUCUUUCCAAACCCACGACCGCUUGUGUUUUGUCAUGGAGUACGCCAACGGAGGAGAGCUCUUCUUCCACUUGUCUCGCGAUCGGGUUUUCUCGGAGGAUCGCGCGCGCUUCUACGGAGCAGAGAUCGUGUCUGCGCUGGAUUACCUGCAUUCAGAGAGAAACGUGGUGUACAGAGACCUGAAGGUCAGAGUCAGAGCAGACAUUAAGAACCGUUUACACACAUCACAGACAGAGAUUACCAUGAUUUAUAUUUUAAGAUUUUUUUAAUGCAUUAUUAUGUUUUGGUUUUUUUGCAUCACAGUAU